AUGACAGCAGUUAUGGAAUACAAUCAACCGCCGCCUGCAUUUGACUCUCACGGUCAAAAUGGAUCUCGCUUUCCAAUGGCGGAUAUCAAGGAGUCAAUACGAAAGGCCUUUCCCAAAACAUUAGAGCUACUGGAUUUAUUAGAGCAGACAAAACAUAUCCGCUCUGAUGUUGCCCUACAACAAAAGAUCGUCUCAGACCUUGAGUCACAGUUAGCAGACUCAAACCAAGAGCUCGACAGAUUAGAUCGCAGACGCCUGGCUGACCUUGAGUCACAUAAGAAAUACCGCGAUGGCCAUGUCAUGAAGUUUUUGUACAAGGCCAGCGGUAAGGAAACCUCGUUUACGGGUCAAGCUGAGAGGGAAGAGCAGAAUUACCACAACACGCUUCAGCAGGCGCAUCACGCAGCAGAGCACAAUUCAAGUGUCAAGGCAAAACUGGAGCAGGAACUCGAGAAAAAGAGAGAGCUUGACCAGAGUAUGAAGGGUUACCUCGACCUUCAGAAGCAGCUCGACGAUAUUUACGACGAUAUCUUUUCAGGCCCGACGCCUCAAUUCCCUGAAGAGGACGAAAAGGAACGACGAAGUGACGCUGCAUUGUCUACUUAUGUUGCUACAAAGACAGCGCUUGAACUAGACCACAAAGCUGUGGAUCUUCUUGAGCAAGCGACAGCAACCAUAACGGCUGGGCUGCAACAGAUAGACAAGGCUCUUCAAUCCGGAGACAUGAACCACAUCCGAUAUCUUAAUCAAGGAAGGGACCUCGUUCAGCAAAGCAAAACAACAGUUGAUCAGCUGGUGCAGCUCGGUCCAGACGUGAUCGAGUUACCUCCCGAGGCUAACCCGCGCACUAUGGAGGUCACAUCCAAUCUGGGUGAAGUCUGGGGAAAGGUUGAUAUCACAGGUGGUCGUGGAGAAGUAGCGCGAUGCGCAGCAGCUUUGAAUAAUUGUUUAAGUCGGGCGAAGGAGAGGAGAGACGGCGUGUCCAAAGAGUUGAAGCGGAAAGAAGAAGAGAUGGAGACGGCGAGGACAGAGUUACAGGAGAUUCGGAAGGGUAUCUUUGAGGAAGUUGUAGGUGCUGAUUUGGUCAAGGGAUCAUAG